AUGGUGGAGGAGUCGCCUGCCGCCGCCGAUCCGCAGAAGGCCGAGCCCCGACCCGGCCGGCGCCGCGAUCGGCCCCAGGCCGGCGCCGCCGUUCCAGACGUCAAACAGCUCCGGAAGAAGAGGAAGCAGCAGGAGGCCAUAUCGCUGGCGUCCGGCAACCGCUUCAGCUGCCUCUUCUGUACUGACUCCUUCGCCUCCAGCAUCGCCCUGCAUCAGCACUGCAACUCGGAGCACCCUCUGAAGCUGCAGCCGUGUCCGCACUGCGAGAAGCGCUUCCUCUACCGCUCCAGCCUGCGCUUGCACAUCAGCACGCACCAGGAGCCGCGCUUCUGCUGCCAGGAUUGCGGCCAGCGGUUUUCAGCCAACAGUGACCUGAGGAAGCACCGGAUGUUCCGACACAGCGCGGCGUGCGACUUCGCCUGCGACGUCUGCCCGCGCGCCUUCAAGUUCAAGUGGCUCCUGGAGCGACAUCGGCGGCGGGUACACGACGCCUGCUGAGCCCAGGUCACCUGUCAGAGCCUCU